CAACUCUGCUCUCUCCUCUCAAACACACACACAAACAUCUUUUACCAUCUUACAAACUGGUGGCCUCAUCACGCUUCCACCACCCCCAAGUACAAGAUACGAGCAGCCGCAGUGACCACAAUGGACACCCUCCCCCCGGAGAUCCUCCUCCAAAUCCUCCAUCACCUGCCGUCCCCCGCUGUCAAGCACGCCCGGCUUACCUCCCGGACCUUCAACGCAAUCCUCGCCAAGCGCACCUUUGAGAAGCUCGUAUCCUUCCUCGACCCAGACGUCGCUCAGCGUACCCUGGCUACCAUCUCCCGGGACCCCCAACGCCGUCGACGACGCCCAUCCAUCUGGUCCCCAUGCUGCAGCGUCCCCAAGAACCUGCCCAUCGACGAGGCCUUUCUCAUGGCCCUGUGGGCCGGCCUGCGCGGGGAUUCUUGGGCUGUCGAGAGGGGUCUCGAUGGAGACAAGUUGGAUAUUGAUGAGUGGCAGAAUGGCGUGGGGAGGGAUGAUAUUGCUGAGGAUGAUCUAAGGGAGGCCUUGUUUCGAUAUGCGCUCUAUCUGAGCUACAUGGAUGAGGGUGAGAGUGAGAAGGAUGCACCACAGGCUUGGGUUUUUGAUGCACUGUGCAAGGCAGGGCGAUGA